CGCAUACUGCUUCUACAUGAGUGUUUUUAUUUUUUCCCAGCAAGACCCCAAUUUCCAUGCAGCCAGCAGGAAGCUAUGGAGGCGAUCGCGACACUGCCGAACUGAUGUUUCUCGACAAGAGCAGGGCUACACUUUGAGGCAGCUCAUGCUCUCUGCUACUCUGCUGCCUCCAAGAAAGUGUCAUGCCUCAUGGAAGAUUCACCCUCCUCCAAUGACUUUCCAGGGAGAUCUAUGCUUGCAGCUGUUAGCCUCCUUACAUCUUAUUAAUCUGGUCUGUUGACCCCAACAUUUUUCGCUGUUCGUUUUUUUUUUUUUUUUUCCAAGAAUCUAUCAUGAGAUUCAGAAUCUACAAAAGGAAGGUGGUGAUCCUGACUCUGGUGGUCAUCGUCUGUGGCCUUGCUUUCUGGAGCAGCGGGCGACAGAAGAAAAGCGACGGCGACCUGUCGCCGAAAGAGGCGGAACCAGCGAGGAGAAGCAAUAGCAUCAACCUUAGCAGCAGCAGCAGCGGCGGCAGUAAUAUUCUCAAUAAUCACGUCGAGGCGCUGCCGGCCACACCGGCUGCCACUCGACCCCCGGCCCCGCCCCCUUUAGUGCAACUGAACGAGACUCGCACGGAAAAACUCAAGGUUUCUAAGCCCGAUGUAGACAACGCUACUUUAGUCUACCGUGGCAUCGUCUUCCAGCUCAACUUCGACCAGACAAUAAGAAAUGAGGAGAAGUUUAAGACGGCGCGACAGAAGGACGAUCUCGUGGUGGUGGUCCAAGUGCACAAUCGCCCCGAUUACCUUAAAUUGUUAGUGGAUAGCUUACGCAAGUCCAGAGGCGUGGAGAACAUACUGCUGAUAUUCAGCCAUGACUACUGGUCCCCCGAGAUUAACAAAGUGGUGGCCUCCGUCGACUUCUGCCAGGUCCUUCAGAUUUUUUUCCCCUUCAGCAUCCAGCUCUACCCGCAGGAGUUCCCCGGACACGACCCCAAAGACUGCCCAAGAGACAUUCCCAAAAAAGAAGCCUUAAAGAUCGGAUGCAUUAACGCGGACUAUCCCGACUCCUUCGGGCACUACCGCGAAGCCAAGUUCUCCCAGACCAAACACCACUGGUGGUGGAAGUUGCACUUUGUUUGGGACAGAGUUAAGACUCUUGCGGACUUUAAGGGUCUGGUUCUGCUCAUCGAAGAGGACCACUACAUGUCCCCUGACUUCAUCCAUCUCCUUAAGCUCAUGUCGGCUCUCAAAAGGGAGCAGUGCAGUGACUGCGACAUCCUCUCCCUGGGGAGCUACAGCCACAUCGGCUACUCCAGCAAAGCGAACAAGGUGGAGGUGAAGGCCUGGAAGUCCACGGAGCACAACAUGGGGAUGGCACUGAGCCGCGAGACGUACCAGAAACUCAUCAAGUGCACCGACACCUUCUGUACUUAUGACGAUUACAACUGGGACUGGUCCUUGCAGCACCUGACAGUCUCAUGUCUGCCUUCCUACUGGAAAGUCAUGGUGAGCGAGGCGCCGCGGAUUUUCCACGCCGGCGACUGCGGCAUGCAUCACAAAAAAGCCACCUGCAUGCCCAUCGGCCAGAAAACUAAAAUAGAAAAUAUCCUGCAGAGCAGCGGAAACCAGCUCUUCCCCAAAAACCUCCUGAUAGCCAAGAGACUGCCCGCCAACGGGGCCGGAGGAGUGGCCCCACACGUAAAGAACGGUGGGUGGGGCGAUAUCAGGGACCAUGAACUCUGCAAGAGCUACGUUCGAUUACAGUGACCUUAACUGCUAUUAUAUAUAUUCCUGUCUCUUUUGCAUCCUCUAUUAAGAAAAAAAAUGCCUUUUAAAUGCAAAUCUUUAUGGACUACUCUUCAUAUUGCCUGUUUUACCGGACUGUUCAAUAAAAACGAAUGUUGGGA